AGAGCGAGUCGCGGAGGCAAGUCGCGGCGCGGCGAGAACGUCGCGACCGGUUGAACCCGCGCGAGAAUAUGUGCGAGAGGCGGACCUGAGCGAGCCAUGGAGGACGCAGCGGCGCAGGAUACCUGCUUCGGGGCGGGCAGCGUGGCCGGAGCCGUGAUCGGGACCUUUCUGACGACGAUCCUUCUGCUCGCGGUCGCCGCGCUUCUCUACAGACAGUGGCGCCGGCAUAAGGGUAAGCAUUUGGUGCUGGUUACCGAUCCCGAGAUCGUCGAGGAUGCAUACGCCUUCGACAAUCCUUGCUUCAAGGAUGCCACGCCUGCGGCGGUUAGCCGCGUCGCGGAGAAACCGUCGUCGGUCAUACCUGGCGACACACCCGCCAAGGAUUCAACGCGAUGGUCCACGCCUUGGUCGUCGUUGGGUCUCGGCUCGGCUAUCCGCACCGACAAACGUCGUACCCUCGAUGAUUCUUGCGUUGGGCCCAAGGCCACCAAGAUCAACGUGGUCAGUCUGCGCAGCCGUGACUUCACCGGCCUGGGUUUUAACGUGUGCGGUAACAUGAGGGAGGGCAUCUUCGUCAAGGAUCUGCUGCACCGCGGUCCCGCGUCCGAGUCCGGACUGAUACACCCCGGUGAUCGCAUCUCCAGCGUGAAGAUCAGCUUCCGCAACAUGGUGUACGAGGACGCGCUGACGAUUCUGAGCUACGCCUCGCCGUACGACGUGGAACUCGAAGUGGAGAGCGGGGGUAGCGGCUCGAAACCGACGACGUUGCUGAAGAAGACCGUGGGCCCGAGCCCGACGCGGAUCUGUCAUCCUCUCUACAGAAGCCAGUCGAUUCCGGAACUGUCGCAGGCUCACAAGAACGUCGCUAAGCGUCUCUUCAUCGCCGAUCCGAACGAUUCCGUGAACUCGAAUUACUCGACCACGAACUCGACCAUGAAAUCGUCGAAAUCAACGCCGGGCAGCGUGCAGAGCUUCGAACGACGUCACGACGAAGGGAUGAAGAACAAUCAUCACAAGUUUGGCAUCAAGGUGUUGCCGGCUCUGGACGGUACUGUGCAUCGUAUCGAGAAUCAGAACGAGCACAACACGAAUCUGGAGAGACGGCACUCGCGCAAAAUGGACGCGGAGAAGCUGCUGGCGAACAGACAGUCCACGACGUCGAGCGAGACCGAUGAGAGAAAAAUUGGCAACGAGCGUCUUCAGCAACGCGCCGAUCACGAGACCGUCUCGAAAAUAAGCGCCGACAAUGGCGGUAUCGACGUGCCGGACAAGGGCGACAAAAAGAUCGACGGGGAGGGAAUCGACAUACCGUCGGAGGUGCCGACGGAGGUUCACAACGCCGCCAUGGCGGCACGCAGAAAUCGAAAGAACAGCUCGGAGCCGCUUAACGCGCAGAAGAUGAACUCGUCGGAACCUGAGAUCGCCAAGAGUCCGCACAAGAACAAGCGCAAGGCGCCGGAUCCGCCGAAGAGCGCGAACCAAGUCGCCAAGAAAGACGUAAUCGACAACAUCGACAGCAUCGCCGAUUACACGGAGUCGUUGUGCGAUUACGUGAACAAACAAACGCGCGAGAACACGGACGCAGCCGCGGACGCUCGUCGGCAUCGUUUGGAGAAUCAACCGACGACGAACAGACGUAACUCGGAGUCGGAUACCGACAACGAGAUGCAGAACAAUUUCACGACGAUCGAACUUAAUCCCGCGGACAUCACCGUUCAUCGCACACCCGUGCCGGAAGCGAACGACGACGAGGACGAGGACGAUAUCUACAGAAAAGCCGCCAGUCUCGGCGAUUUGUCCAAGUACGAGAGCAAGACCGCGGCGACCCUGGAAAGGGCGCAGAGUCUCGACAUGAGUACCGAGACCGGAGCGAAGAAACGCAAGGCGCCGUUGCCGCCCGAGGACAUCAACGAGUCCACGGAAGAUCUAACAAAACUCGAUCAGAUAGACACGUUCGAUCGACGAAAGCUCAAGAAGUCGAACGAAUGGGGUACCCUGGAGGACGUGAUCUGGGAUGAGGCCGGCGCCGAAGCGUACGAGAAAACGUGCGACAUAACACGUACGAGAAAAAAGAGCAACGGCACGUUGGAACGCUCGAAAUCCGCGGUGGAGAUCAAGCUGAAGGAUGAGGUCGCUGUAGCGCCAGCAUCAGUGGAUGACGCGUCCGAGAAGAAACAAAAAUUUGAUUCGAUUCGAAUCGCCGACGAUUCGGACAGCGAGACGAUCGCCAGUAUCGAGCUGUACAAUCUGCCGUUGAGCAAGCGACUAUCUCAAGAAUUCAUUCAUUCCGAACGUAUGUUCAAUCCGGACGAGGACAAUUCUCUGGCGAGAAUCGUGAACGACGGUCGGGUUGUGAAGAGUCCGACUUUCGAAGAGACGGAAUUGAACUUCAAACUGGCUGACGAGAAACAAUUUUUCGAAGACAACGAACUAGAGAAGAAAGAUAUCGGAAAUGAUUCGACGCAGAGUCCAAGAGUGUCGGAAGAUUUCAGUCGCGCAUUGCGUUACUUCGAGUUGCACGCAAGUUCGACGUCUCCGGAACCGACGAAGAUCAAUCUGACGCGACUGGACGAUUGGAAAAGCGACGAGAAAGCGUUCGUUAACGACGUAUCGCUUUACGCCGGCAAACAGGCGAUUGUGGAAGAACAAAUUUCAAAGGUGACAGUGGACAGAGGUUGUCGCUGCUGCGAGGAAAGACGCGGUCAGCACAGCGCCGAGUGCGAACGUGGAAAACACGUCGACGUACAGCCGAUCGCGCAUCAUCGCGCGACCACGCGGUCGCUCUCGGAUGACAAUCGGACGACGACAAACGCGCGUGAAGACGCGGAUAAAGAAACGGAGAUCGCGCCGAUGCAUUUGCGAAUUCACGAGACCAAGUCGGAACCGGUCAGGUACAAGUCUUCGAACACGGACAAGGAGGAGAACGCGGACGGGAAGAACGGCGGGAGUUUCUCCACGUUUCACGUGAACCGAACGAAGUUCGAGCAGCAGAAAAUCGAUCAGCAACGUGACAAAUACUCGCCGAGCAAGUCCAAGUCACCGACCGAGUCUUUGUUCGUUGACACGCACUUCGCCAGACGCAUAAUUAACGUUUCCCCGCACGACGAGGACAACGACGAGGAAGAGGAGUACGAGUUCGGUUCGGGGUGCAUGAACAGCAAGAUCUGCGAGCGAACGUCGACGCCCAACAAGGAGGAUCGUCACAAUAUCAGCAACGUUAGCGUAUCGAGCGGCGAAAACAGCGAGGACAGCGGUCUUGUACGUGAGUCCAUUGAUUACAACAACGUUCAGGAUCCGGAGAAUCGACCCCCGCUGCCGAACACUCCCAUGCCGAACACCGCCCAGAAGAUGACUUACAUCACGGAGAUCAAAGUGUCGCCCGGCAGAGAGAGCGUUCGCGAAGCCGACAGCGAGAACGAGGAACCGACAACGGAGAAUAAAUCGCGAAAAGCGACGAAUCAGAUCAAGAUAACGUCAAACGGCAAACCCACGUCCGGCAAAAAACCGCCUGUACCACCGAGACGAUCGGAUAUCGCCAAGAGUCCGAAGGAAGACCGAACGGACAAGCAGGUCGUUUACGUAUCCGAAUACAAGUCCGCGACUGGUAAAACGGCUCAGAUCUUGGACGCAAAUCCGUCGGAGAUCAAGCAACCGGAAAACAACAAGUUCGAGCAUUGGAUCUUCAUGGCCGACAAGGAGCAAAAUCGCUGGAGCACCGCUGGUUCCGGCCAACCUCAGUCCGUAACGAACAUCGUGUUAUCGUCCAGAGACGAUCCCAAUUAAAACGUUUGAUUAAACGUUUGAUCUGAAAAACGUAAAGCGAAGUUUGAAAAAAAAAAAAAAAAAAAGUUUUGUCAACUUUAUGCCACGUACGUUGAUGUAUCUCUCAAAAUAAUGCGACCAUGUAGUGGACGAGCAUGUGAGAGGAAUCAAUAAGUGCUGAGAAACUACGUGCCAUAAAGAGUAAUUAUGAGUUAGAAAGGAAACAUCUUGCGAAGAGAAGUAAAUAAACAAAUAAAUUUGUAAAAAUCCAAACGCACACAUGUACGUUUACACGCGCUUUGCGUUGCGAUUUAGUUGAUUCAGAGUCGAUCGUGUAAAAAAACAAAUAAUAAUUGUAAUCUCAAAACUUGUACACAUUUCCGUUUUUUUUGUGUUGUAUAUGUAAAUAUAUGGCCAGUGUUUUUUCAAACGUGUGACUGCUAGCAAAUUUAAAUAUAUUAACAAGUUAAUGUACUUUUUUAUUAACAUAAAAACACACUUGUUUUUUUUUUUCA